AUGCGCUGCUUUUCGAACUCGCAGCUCAAGGAGUAUCGCCACAACAAGGAUUUAGCCAAAAGUAGUCUGAAGGAGAGUGGUUUGUCGAGAUCUGCUUACGAGGCGGCCCUCAAAGACGUAAAAGCCAAGCUCACAAGACAGAGAACGGCUGCAGAGGCUGCAUUCGAAGCAAAGCUUCGAGCCGAGUUAGAAACAGAACUCGCGAAAUAUCGACGAUCACAGCUUCUUAUGAUGCAUAGCAUUGAAAGGCGUUUAGAUGAGGAAGUGAGUUGUUAG